UGAACUUGAUCAAAUUAGCACUGCAACAAGUUCUGAUAGGUUUUUUUUUCGAUUAAGCCUAAUCAGCUGUGAAAUUGAUGUUGAUUUGUGGCCAAGUAUACUCUGAUUUUCAUGUAAAAUGUCUCUGACAAAUCACACAAAGAUUCAUGUACCUUCGAAGGGUAUAAUUUGUGAUAUUUGCGGUACCGUGACCGCAUCCAUCAACUCGCUGCAGCAUCACAAGAAAAAAGUCCAUGAACCGAAAAUUCCACGUCAGUGUGAACACUGUGGCAAAUGGUAUUCGAGUCGAUGGUCAAUGCAACGACAUGUCAUCAACAUGCAUGUGCAUGCCGAGGAAGAUCAUACCUGUGAAAUAUGUGGUUUUGUCUCCUCGACGCGUGAGGCUAAAAAGAAACACAUUCAAUAUCGUCACAAUCCGGAAAAGCGACACAAGUGUGCCAUGUGUGAGAAAGCCUUUAAGACACCGACUUUAUUGAAAGAGCACAUGGCCACGCAUACCGGAAUUGAUUUGUAUAAAUGUCAGUUUUGUGUUGCCACAUUCAAAUCGCAAUCGAAUCGUUCAACCCACUAUAAGCGUCACCAUCCCACGGAAUACGUACCGAACAUGACCCGACGUACUCGGCCAACGGCAAUAGUCAAAGAAAACGCCAUUUCGAAUGAGCCUCAUUCAGGGAAUGAGAUUGAAAAUAAUAAUGCCGAUUUUAUGGAGGGAUAUGUGGGUGUAGUAAAUCAAUCGGGUCUUUUGUAGGCUGAAUUUGGAAGAAUUGUGAAUUUUUUGUGUUUUUUUUUUCAUCUCUAGUCGUUAACCCAUGUGUAAAUUAUGUCCUACUAAUUUUUUGAUUUUAGAAUACACUAGCUCUUAUUUAGAACCCUUUUUUAAUAAAGAGUUAUUUCCAUAUACUA